AUGAAGUUCUCCGUCGCCGCCCUUCUCACCGCCGCUGCCUCUGUCUCAGCUGUCUCCAACUUUGAGGUUCGAGACUUUACCGCCAGCUGCGUUCCUCACAGCACCUUCUGCAACUACUCCUUCAAGGUCAUCCAGCCCAACUCCAUGGAAACCUGGAAGAACGCCGUCGAGUGCAGCGCCCGAGCUCAGUCCACCGACUACUCUCUUCCCAACAUCAAGGACGCCAAGUGCAAGGAUUCUUCUCGAACCUUCUCCAUCACCCGUAUCAGCAAGGGUCUGGGUUUCAUCAUCUCUCAGCCUAUCAGCCCCAAGAGCGACACCAUCGGAGACUACUUGAUUCCCCUGGAUCAGAUUGUUACGAAGAAGGAGAACAACGCUGAGGUCCAGGCCUACAACGGACCCAAGAGCUUCAAGCUCACCCAGCGCCUCUAG